GAUAUCUGGUUAUUGUGUAAAAGUGAUGAAAAUCCAAAUUCCAAGUGUUUCAAGCGCCCCCAACAGAAUAGAUUUGCCAUUCAAAAUCGCUUCGCUAGUCCAGCUCCGCAACGGAAGGCAUUCGCAACGGCGCCGUAAGAUGCGCGAUUGGCCGGACAGUGGACUGCUGUUAUGAGCCAGCACAAUAGCCAGUACACUUUCAACUCCAAGGAAGACUACAACGUUACCCUAGACAACAUGAGUCGCGAAUUUGAGGAGCGAUGGAGCCACCAGACCCAGUCCCCUUACACAAAUCUGGAAAACUAUAUAACGCGGGCUGUACUUGGCAAUGGAAGUUUCGGCACCGUGAUGCUCGUCAAGGAAAAGGGUGGCAAGAACUACUAUGCCGCCAAGAUGAUGAGCAAGGAGGAUCUGGUUCGGCUCAAGCAGGUGGCCCAUGUGCACAACGAGAAACACGUGCUGAAUGCCGCCCGAUUCCCGUUCCUCAUCUAUCUGGUGGACUCGACGAAGUGCUUCGACUACCUCUACCUGAUCCUGCCCCUGGUCAAUGGCGGGGAACUGUUCAGCUACCAUCGCAGGGUUCGCAAGUUCAACGAGAAACAGGCCCGAUUCUAUGCCUGCCAGGUGGCGCUGGCUCUCGAGUACAUGCACAGGAUGCACCUCUUGUACCGCGAUCUCAAGCCGGAGAAUAUCCUGCUCGACCAUCGGGGCUACAUCAAGCUCACUGACUUUGGUUUCACAAAGCGCGUAGAUGGCCGAACGUCCACGCUGUGUGGCACUCCGGAAUACUUGGCCCCCGAGAUCGUGCAACUCCGACCGUAUACCAAAUCGGUGGACUGGUGGGCUUUCGGCAUCCUGAUCUACGAGUUUGUGGCAGGGCGCUCUCCUUUUGCCAUUCACAAUCGAGAUGUGAUCCUUAUGUAUUCCAAGAUCUGUGUCUGUGACUACAAGAUGCCCACUUAUUUCACGGGACAGCUGAAAAGCCUUGUGGAGAGCCUCAUGCAGGUGGACACCUCAAAGCGUUUAGGAAACUCGAACGAGGGCUCCGCCGACGUGAAGAGUCAUCCGUGGUUCCACGGCAUCGACUGGUACGGCAUUCUCAACCAGGAGGUCGUCGCUCCCUACUUGCCGACCAUUUCCGGCGCUGAGGAUCUGUCCAACUUCGAGAACUUCGAGAUCAAGGAUCGGUACAAGUCCCGAAUAAACCGACAUCCCGAGUUGUUUGCGAAUUUUUAAAUGUCAAUUUGUCCGUAAAAGUCGUGGUUUUCUUUAGUUGUAAGAUAAGUGGCGUGGUAAGGACUAGUCAGCUUAUGGAUGUGUCGAAAUUAAUUUAUAUUUUAAUAAAUACGCAACCAUAGCAACUUAA